UUCCUAUAAAGAAGAGGUCGGAGAGAGUUUCGUUUCAGAGACGGAGACACAGACGCCAAGAGAGAGAGAGCGAAAGAGAUUAAUCUCUGAGAUUAAUUAUGGCCCAGCUGAAGGCAAUUUCUCCUUGUUCAUCCACAAAUCUUGCUCUUCACCCACCCAAGAGAGGGUCAUUGCUGUAUAAUGGCAAAGUAUUCUGCCCCAGGAAUUUGUCUUCGUUCCCAGAGUUGGCAGCUAGAACGAGUGAGCUCCAUGGUCAUGCUAUUGCAACUACUAGUAACAGCAGAAAUAUUACAAAGUCUCAUAACAAUCAAGUUAUACAAGCAAUUCUGCAGAGUGAGAGGGACAUUCAAAUUUCUGGAGCUACAAAGGUUAGAGGGUUACGUGGUCAACUCGAUAAAGUUGUUCUAGCCUAUAGUGGUGGCUUAGACACAUCUGUCAUUGUCCCAUGGCUAAGGGAGAACUAUGGCUGUGAAGUUAUUUGCUUUACUGCGGAUGUUGGUCAGGGUAUAGCUGAAUUGGAAGGCUUGGAGAAGAAAGCUAAAGCCAGUGGGGCUUCUAAGUUAGUGGUGAAGGACUUGAGGGAGGAAUUUGUACGAGAUUACGUAUUUCCUUGCUUGAGAGCUGGGGCAAUUUAUGAGAGGAAAUAUUUGCUGGGAACUUCGAUGGCACGCCCUGUUAUUGCAAAAGCCAUGGUGGAUGUUGCCAGAGAAGUUGGAGCUGAUGCUGUCUCUCAUGGAUGCACAGGAAAAGGAAAUGAUCAGGUUCGCUUUGAGCUUACUUUCUUUGCUCUGAAUCCCAAGCUAAAUGUUGUAGCUCCUUGGAGGGAAUGGGAUAUUAGAGGAAGAGAAGAUGCUAUUGAAUAUGCUAGGAGGCAUAAUGUGCCCGUCCCAGUCACAAAAAAAUCCAUAUACAGCAGGGACAGGAACUUAUGGCACCUUAGCCAUGAGGGCGACAUUUUGGAAGACCCGGCAAGCGAGCCUAAGGAGGAUAUGUACAUGUUGACAGUGGACCCAGAAAGAGCUCCAAAUGAGCCAGAAUAUGUUGAAAUUGGGAUAGAAUCGGGUUUUCCUGUUGCAAUCAAUGGGAAGAGGCGUUCUCCGGCAACUCUACUUGCUGAGCUCAACGAGAUUGGUGGGAGGCAUGGAAUUGGCCGAGUUGACAUGGUUGAAAACCGACUCGUUGGUAUGAAAAGCCGUGGAGUCUAUGAAACUCCGGGUGGGACAAUCCUUUUCACCGCUGUACGAGAGUUGGAGUCUUUAACUAUCGAUCGAGACAGCAUGCGAUUUAAGGAUGUGAAUGCCCUCACAUAUGCAGAGCUAGUGUAUGCUGGCAGAUGGUUUGACCCACUUCGCGAGUCAAUAGAUGCAUUCAUGGAGAAGAUUACCGAGACUACAACAGGUUCAGUUAGACUCAAACUGUUCAAAGGUUCUGUUACUGUAGCAGGCCGACGGAGCCCUAAAAGCAUGUACAUGCAAGAUCUCUCUUCUUUUGAGGACAGCAUGAUGUAUGAUCAAGCUGAUGCUGCUGGAUUUAUACGACUUUAUGGUCUUCCAACAAAGGUUCGAUCAAUGCUUAAGCGGGGUAUCUAAGGUGAUCAGGCUGAGGCUGAUGGGUUUAUACAGCUUUACGGUCUUCCAUCGAAGGUUCAAUCAAUGCUUAAGCGGGGUAUCUAAAGCUUGUCCCCCUUUGUUUUGUCUUUCUGAUCACCAAUCCAUUUGGAUUAGUUUAAUAAUUGCUAUUAGGUUCUUAGGAUUUACCAUCUAUUUAGUGUUCCCUCUUGUGACGUGUUAAUUUUGUGAUUGAUUUGGACAACAAUGGAAGCCUUAUUUAUUCUUCUUUUUUCUUC